GUAGCAUUUCGGUUGUGGAGCAAAAGUCGAAUGCUGAUUUUUCACUUGCAGUGAAAUUUGAUUGAGAACAACAAUAAAAAGAGUGUCAAAUUACAAUAAAUACACAAAGUUUGGUAAACUAUAGUGCGAGAAAAAUAUACUGCAAUUCCAUUUCAUAAGUAUAUUAUCAAUAACGUUAAGAAAACUCCGUGAAAGUGAUCCUAUCUGCGCCGCCUAUAAAACUUUUUUUCCCCCCAACUAUCAAUGCCUAACAAGGUGCUCCAAUUGGAAGGCUCUGUGUGUGCGUGUAAAAAGAACACAACCAAUGUGUUUGCUUGGAUGCAUUAAUAAAGAGUGAAAGUGAUAGCAUAAGCAUAUUUUUACCUUUGACUAGACGUUGCAAAUCUUCAAAAUAAAAUAGCAAAAAAACAUCGUGUUAAAAAAACACACUCACUUAUAACUGUCAAAUAAAUGUCAAAUGCGCGAAUUUGACAUUUUCAACGUUUGCAUUCACCGUCUGAUGUAAAAAACUUUCUGGAAAAAUAAAAAAUUUCCCAACACCAGCAACAACAAAUCAAACGGAAUUUUGUUAAAGUACGAAACUAAUAAUAAAGGCGCAUUCAAACGCAAAUAACCGUGCAUAAAUUAAUUAUAUUUCUGUGAUUGCUAGACGCGUUUAGGCGCUAUACACCUUACACCACAUUAACCAACAUUUUCGGUGUUUCGUCAGGACAGUGCCGUCACCACGCAAAAUGUUAAUAAAUUUAAGAGUAAAAACGCUCGAUGCUCAAACGCAUGACUUUAGUAUUGAUAAUGAGUUGACUAUUCGCGAAUUUAAGGACAAAAUCGCUGAGAAAACCAACAUUUCCGCAGACCAACAGCGUAUCAUUUAUUGUGGUCGUGUUCUUGCCGAUGAGAAACAAUUGAAAGAAUACGAUGUCGAUGGAAAAGUGGUUCACGUGGCUGAGCGUCCACCGCCAUCACAGCGUGGGCCCUCUACUUCCAAUUCAUCUUCAAACGAUACACCCACCACACGUGAACGUACCAACAAUCGCGGAAUGCGGAAUUCUCCUUUGUUUAGAGCACUGGACGGCAUGGUUGUUGGAACCAUGGCAAUACCAAUGAAUCCUGUUCAAAAUAACGGGCAACAGCAGGUAAAUCCAUUUGCUGCUUCUUCGUCAUUUUGUAUGAACCGCAUAACAGUGGCUCGGCAUAUGUUGGACUGUGCAAAUAAUAUUGCCGCCUAUUUGGAAGAUCCGGAGCGGGGUCUUAAUAACACCUCUUUGGAUAUUUUGGCGCGAGGCAGCUGGACCAUGGAAUCCACAGUGGUUGAAGUGGGUUUUACCGCUGCUGAUUUGCCACAAAAUCAAAAUAUUGUCGAAAUGGUACAAGAUGCAGUCUCAGCAGCGUUACGUCGCAACAGCAACACAAACGUAACUGUAGUGCAAUUACCCACAGUCUUUGGUUCCAACGAAGGUGAAGCUGCCACCGCGAAUGGUGCCGAAGGUGUGGCAAAUAUGGAUGCAACUGAGAGUACUGCUGCUGUUGAUGCGGAUGUGGAUGCUGAUGGCGAUGCCGACGCUGCUGCUGCUGUUAUUAUAGAAGAUGUUAUUGAUGAUGCUUACGAAGGAGUUGCUGCUAAUCUUAGCCUUGCUUCCGACACUACUGGCACUAGCUCUACUAAUAAUACCACAUCAUCUACUAACACAACAUCUGAUGCAUCCACAACAGACAUCUCGAGUGCAUCAACAACAACAGGUACAAACACGGAGGAGAAUCCUUCUCGUCGCCGCACCAAUACACGAGUUUUGGCGGAAGUGGUGGAACAAAUGCGCACUGUACAGACACGUCUCAAUCCUUUCAUACAGCAAUUCUACGAAUUGUUAAAUAAUGAUCCAACAUACGAGGAAGAGAAUACAACCGAUCGCGAUAAUGCACAGCGGCUUUACAAUCGCGUUUCCGAGGCGCUACACUAUAUGUCGCAUGCCCAGCAUGCCAUAUCCGAUUUGAUGUUGGACGUUUCACAGCCAGCACCGCGUUUUCUCACUUGUCGCCCGAUAUUGGUUGAGCAAAGCGGUUAUGUUAGUUCCAAUAAUUAUUUAUCAGCUGCUGCAGCGGCUGCUGCUGCCGCCGCCACUGGUAAUAAUCAACAGCGUCCUCGUUCGCGCACCACCUUUAUAUCACCACGUCGUGAUCAUGCUGUCACCAUAACAACCCUUUCACCACCUACCACUGCAAGCGGUAAUGCCAAUAGUACAGCAAGUAGCAAUACUGCUGUUACUACCGAAGCAGGCAACAAUAGUGGUUAUGUUAGUUCCAAUAAUUAUUUAUCCGCUGCUGCAGCAGCUGCCGCUAACGCCGCCACUGGUAAUAAUCAACAUCGUUCACGUUCGCGCACCACCUUUAUAUCACCACGUCGGGAUCAUGCUAUCACCAUCCUCUCACCACCGACCACUGCAAGCGGUAAUGCUAAUAGUACAGCAGGUGGCAAUACUGCUGUUGCUGCCGAAGCAGGCAGCAAUAGUGGUGGUAGUAGUAGUGCUGGCAGCGUUGGCGCGGAUGGUAGCGCCGAUAAUAAUCGUAAUAGCAACAGCACAACUGCAAGUGCAAGUGGCAGUGGCAGUGGUAGUUCCAUUGAUGAUCCGGUUGAUGAACCAUUAACUAAUCCGAAUGCAACGAGUACAGCGGCAGCAGCGAAUGCGGCCACGCAAAGCAACGAUGAUAGUGCCAUAGAGAUAAUGCUCCAACCAAGACGCGGAUUGUAUUUUGGCAAUAACCCGCAGGUGCAAAUGUCACGCCUAAUCCAGGCUAUGGUGAAUUCCGCGCCCAUUAACACCGAACUGCAUGUGCAAAUCCUACCACCCACCAUAUUAAGUGUGCCAGUAAAUGCGCGUGGUGGGAACAAUGGCAAUGGUGAGCAGCAGCAACGUGCCACCGCUGCCACAACCGCAGACGCCACGGCAACAGCUGCUGCGAAUAAUAGCAACAACAAUGCAAAUGCCAAUGCCACAGGUAGCAGCAGUGGCAGCGGUAGCAGUAGCGGCGCUAAUGCCAACAAUAAUAACAGCAACAAUGCAGCACCAGCCGCUGGUAUCGUUCUGAAUCCUAAUAGCGGUUAUCGUCCUGUUUCCGCUUCAUUGGCAAUUGGCACGCUGCCAACCACUUCCACACAAACACGUUCAACAUCGCGCCCUCAAUUGCAGAUCGGCGGCCUACCGGCCAACGGUUGGAAUGGUCGCUUUAUACCAGCCAAUAUGAUGUCGUCGUUCGAUCGCUUCCUACCAUGCAAUAGUCACCACAUUCGGGAGCCCGAGAACGGUAAUAAUAGCAACGCCGCUAAUGCCAGUACCCCUUCGAAUGGCAACGGCAACGCCAAUGCAAAUGCUUCCAUGAAUAAUGCAACGCCGCACAUAAUAACCACGAAUACGAUCAAUCCUCACUCUCUACGCGCAUUUGCCGAUCUCUUGCCAAAUGUACGUUCCACACCGACAGUAGGCGGUGCGCCCUCAGGUACAACACGCACCAAUGCACCCCCACCGCCACCGCCAAUGCGUCCAGCCAACCAUUUCUUCUCGUUGCGUAACUUAAUAUCAGGACAAAAUCGCAAUACUCCAACGGCACCAGCUGCGCCAUCCACAUCCGGCACCGCUGCAGCCGCCGCCGCCUCCUCCUCGGCUUCCUCCAGUGCUGCUAACACCGACAACUACCGGCAGAACUUGCGCACUCAGCUACUGAAUUUCGUUAAUCAGCGCAUCUUCGGCGGUGGUCCAAUCAACGAGGAGACCAUGUCACCGGCGGUUAAUCGCGCCGUCGACUGGUUUGGUGAAUCACUGGAAUUGUUGCCACAAUAUGAGAAGCCCGAGUAUGAUUCACGGCACUCGGUCGUGAAGCUUUUGCGACAUAUGUUGCCGCUAUUCAUCGAAAUCGUGCGCGAUGAGCAGAGCAAUCUGGCGGCGUUCGAGCAGCGCAUCAAACGUGCUUGCGAAGACUUCGUUAAACGUCUGUACAGCGUUCUAUAUGUGUGUGUGGGCCGCAAUAAUGCCCAACAAUAUUGGGUCCAAUUGAUGCGUUUACUCUGGGUGCCGACGCGGUCAUACUUCCGAGGUGAAGCACUACGUUUCUUAAGCAUGUACAUUAAUACAGUGAAUCCAUCCAACACGGACACAACUGAUGUACAACAAUAUAUUGUACAUAGAGAUGUACCCAGUGUGGCGCAAACAGAUGCACCCCUGGAAACCGAUGUCGAAAUGGUCGAAGUGGCGUCUACAUCCGAAGCAAACCCGCAUAGUCAAUUCUCAAUAGACAUCGAUGACGAUGACGACGAUGUAGAACUCGAACUUGCGCCUGCCGAACCAUUACCCAACGUUAGCGCCGGCUCCGAGCCGUGGCAUAGAAAUUUCCCCACUGACUGGUUGCCGAUCAUAACACGCGAUCUACAUACACAAAGUGCAAAUCCGCCAAAUCAGACACCGUUCUCGGAUGCGUACAUAUCAGGCAUGUCGGCCAAACGAAGGAAAAUGAUACAGAACAACAAACCGCCAACCGAUAUUAACGCACUCGUAGCACGCAGUGUGCGCAAAGCCAUACAGACUGUGGGACCACGCGCGUCCACGACAGCCGCAGCGGAAUCGCUAACGGCCGAUGAAAUCACAGAAGCAAUCGCCAACGAUGCGACGGUACACACUUCAUUUAGGGAUGCGGUGCGUACGAAUGUGCGCGAACGCUUGCAGAAAGACACCAAUUACAAAGCUGAGAAAUUUCCGCAUACCGCAAAGUUCGUUAACAAAUAGAAAUCAUAGUUUGGUGCUUCGUAGGCAAUGAGCAUAAAUAAACACACACACACACACUAUAUUUAAACAUGAAAAGCAAAAGAAGAAGAAGAAGAGAAGGUGAAAAGCAAAAAAACAUUAGCAUGUAUACGCGAAUUACAAGUGACUCAAACGAAACUAAGUUAUAUAAUAAUAAAUCUUAAUGACAGUGACAAUGAACGAUGAGGCAAUUAAUAAGCAGUUGCUGGUACUUGUUAUACAAAAACAAAAACGAAAACAAAAAAAAAUAAUUGAUUGUAUGUAACUAUAUUUUAUUUUUAUCAUUUUUUAUUUAAGUUUAUGCGUUUACUUAUUGAUAAAUUAUGCAUUCAGCGAAACAGGUGGAAAAGAGAACAGCCGUUAGUGGAAAACAAAACAAAAGAAAAUACUAAUUAAAAACACGAAAAUUGUACUUUAUACGAUAUUAAUACAUAUAUUAUUAAAGAAAAACAAAAGAUAAAUUGAAACACUAAGAUUUCACGCAUAUUGAGAACUAAGUUUAAUUAAGGCAGACAACCCACAUUUAGAGAAAGCAAAACAGACGCAUAACAAACAACUAUAACAAGAUUCACACAUUUAUGUAUAGUGCAUAUAAAAAAUAAGGCAAAUAAAAUAUAAUCCAAUGCACUUGUAUGUGCAAAUAAA